AAUAAAUCCGUUCAUACACGAAGGUAUUGCAGCUUGAAGCCGCUCAUGGAGGCACCCUCCGACCUUAAGGACCGCUAGCCCACUUUCAGAUCUGGAACUCCUUCCUUCUUCUUCUUUUCAUAUACAUUAACUUUACUUUAAAGACUAUCUUCAUUCGUAAACCCUAGACUGAUUCUGGACUUGGGAACUAUAUCUAAACAUGACUACUGAAAAUGAUGAUUCCGUCGACAAAGCUGUGGCCGAACGUCGAGAGAGGCUGAAAGCCCUCAAAGCUUCACAAGAGCUCUCAAAUACCCCAGAAGAAGAUGACAAUCAAACCAAUAAAGAAACGAAUCUUAACAUGAAAUUUCGAAAUUAUGUUCCUCAUGAUAAGAAGCUUCAAGAGGCCAAGGUUGCCCCUCCCGUUCUUCCGAAAUUUGAAGACCCUGUUGCAGCGGAGCCUCCACCAUCUGAGAAGAAAGAGGACCCAUUUGUCAAUAUAGCUCCUAAAAAACCUAAUUGGGAUCUCAGAAGGGAUGUGCAAAAAAAGCUUGAUAAGCUUGAAAAACGAACCCAGAAGGCAAUUUAUACUCUCAUGGGUAUGUACUUUCCUUUCCUUUCCUUUCCAUUCCUUAUAAAUCAAUAUUGGGUUUUGUAAAUCAAUAUUCUGGUUUUUGCUGUUUUGAUUUCCUUUGAUUGUGAAGGAUUGUUGAAUAUCGCUUAUACAUAGUUCACUUUCGCAUAUUCUUUCUGAGCCUUGUUUCUUAUUGUCACUUGAGUGUUCCUUGCAUAAACUACUUGGGUGUGAUGAAAGAAUUUAUGAAACCUGUUUUGCUCUUAACACAAAUUUCUGAUAGACCCCCUAACUCCUAACCCCAUCAAUACUACUUAUUAUGCACUUAGAUAUCCUUGGAGUCACAAGCACAGGUCAGGUGUGUUUUGGGAAUGGUGAUGAGGGAAUUGGUUGGAUGUAGCAUGAGGACAAGUGUAGUUUUUUCUUUUUGAAUUUUUAUACAUAGCAAUGCAAACUUCCACAGUUUCUUCUUCCAUUUUUGUCUGCCUGUGUGUGUUUGAAUAGUGUAGGUAAUUCCUAUCAAUUUCUUAAAUGAGUGAAAUGUAACUUGCAUUGAUGGUAUUGUUAGUGGAACAAUGUUAUUAUUAUAAGUCAGAUUCUGUGUUUUGCAUCCAAUUCACCAGCUACAUAUUUGUGUUUGUUUUGCAGAGGAACAAGUAAAGCAAAAAGAAUUGGCUGAAGAUGGUACAAAUGAGGUGGCUUAACCGAACCAGGUACCACAAUGAGCAUGUUGGUUCUUUCCUAUAAAAGAAACAUAAUAGGUUUUAGCUUUGUUUAAUUGUCAUAUACUUCAUAGAUUUGUGUAUUUUAUGUUUAAAGAUACUUUAUCCUUUGGCACCAUUGCUGAAUGUGACAUUUUGGUAAAAGUUUAAUGGUGAGGCUGCCUGUUUGGCUAGUUAAUCUGAACCAGCUUUCCAUUCCAUA